AUGUAUCCAGUAUAUAAUGGAACCAUUCAGUUGGGAAAUAUUGAAAAUGAAGAAACACAUGAAGCAUGGAUGGACUUUGUUAAAUGGUUUUAUGAUAGUGGAAAAACUUCUGUAAAUUUUUACGAAAACCAAGAUAAUGAAAAUUUACCUUCAGGUUUAGAAAAAUAUAGAGUUACUCAAAAUUUAGAUAAUAUUUUAAAUAAUCAUGAUAACUUGACAGAUUUUUUAAAAUUACAUUUUUUUUCUAAGAAUGUUGGUUAUAUUCAAGAUAUAUUAUCAUAUCAGGGUAAUAACUAUUACAAAGACAGUUGUAAAUUUGUAAAUGAUUGCCUUGAUAUAUAUAGAAAAUUUAAAAAAGAAUUUUGUAAAAAUUCACUGGAAAGUGGUUAUAAAAGUAGUGCCGUGUGUAACGAAUUGUACAUUUUUUCGGAUAGAUAUGAGAAAACACUCUAUAGACCUUUGAAAUCACAUAAUAAAAUGGGUUCUUUAAUAGAAUUUGAAGAAGGGGCUCAAGUAAGAUGUUCACUAGAUGAUCCAUUAUAUAAACGAUUUGUUUGGAGUUUUUAUAAUGAACAAACAUCUGAAUUAACACCUUUAGGUAAUGUUGUGGUCUCAUUACUCUUUUUGUUUGGAAUUUAUUUGGCUGGUUUCGUUUUGUAUAAGUUUACCCCAUUUGGGAAACACAUUAAUCCAAGAUUACGAAGGAAAUUAAAAAGGGCCUGGCACAAGGUAGAAAGAGAUUACGCCGAACAAAUGCUUAAAGAUGUUAAGUUUCAUUUGGUACAAGUACCAAGUGGUCAUAUACGCAAAAGUGGAAUUUUUGAGGAAAAGGGGAAAAUGCUAAAACUGGUAAAUUUUGACAAAUUGGUAAAUUUUGACAAAUUGGUAAACCUUGACAAAUUGGUAAACCUUGACAAAUUGGUAAACCUUGACAAAUUGGUAAAUUUUGACAAAUUGGUAAACCUUGACAAAUUGGUAAACCUUGACAAAUUGGUAAACCUUGACAAAUUGGUAAACCUUGACAAAUUAUGA